CUCUUUAAUGAGCCUGAAAAUGGACGAAAAACAAAAGCGCACAAUAAGUCAACAUCAGUAAAAAUGAGCUGCUUCCAUCCUCCCUCUAUCCAAACCACCUGUCAUGUAUAAUGGUAGGUUGCAUUCAAUUAGCUAACGUUUGUUUUGCUGCAGGUGUGCAGUUGCACAUCUUCAACCAGUUGAACUUUCUAACCGAUGCUUCUUAAGGGUGAAAUAAUCCCAAAUUUUGGAAAGGAGGUCACACAUUUAUGUUUGAAAGACCAUUUAUGAGCAAUGGAGCACAAGACACCCAGUGGAACAGAGUAAAAAGUAGUGUCGUGCCCCCCCUCCGCCCGAUUUUCCUGCCUUUAUAAUCACUUAUAACCAAAUAUGAUAUUAAAAUGUGCAGCUGGAAAGCAUUGACCUCACAGUUCUGAGGUCCCGGGUUCAAUCCUGGACCCCGCCUGUGUGGGGUUUGCAUGUUCUCCCCGUGCCUGCGUGGGUUUCCUCCGGGCACUCUGGUUUUUCCUCCCACAUCCCAAAAACAUGCAACGUUAAAUGGACACCAUAAAUUGCCCCUCGGUGCGAUUGUGAGUGCGGUUGUUUGUCUCUAUGUGCCCUGCGAUUGGCCGGCGACCAGUUCAGUGUGUACCCCGCCUCCUGCCCGUUGACAGCUGGGAUAGGCUGCAGCACCCCCUGGGACAUUUGUGAGGAUAAGUGGCUAAGAAAAUGAAAAUGGAAAUUGAUUGGGCACACUAAAUUGCCCCUAGGUGUGAUUGCGAGUGCGAGUGUUUGUCUCAAUGUGCCCUGCGAUUGGCCGGCGACCAGUUCAGGGUGUACCUCGCCUCCUGCCCACUGACAGCUGGGAUAGGCUCCAGCACUCCCCCGUGGCCCUUGUGAGGAUAAACGGCUAAGAAAAUGGAUGGAUAUUAAAAUCGCACGAGUCAUUAUCAUUUUAAAAGCUGAAUUUUUGUCACAGCUCGCAUUAGCUACAUUGGGCGGUGACUUUGUUGCAUUGAUAUAUAGAAUUUAUUGUAACAUUCUCAGGGGUGUUGCCAAUAUUAAUUAAUACAUUUAUUUAUUUGCUCAUUUAGGAAUGAAUUUAUUUAUUUUGUGGUGUUGUCGAUUUCAGCAAUUAUUUCUCCGCCGUCAUCCAUAAGUUCAACGGGUGCACCGUGCGGGGUGUCAGCAAAGGACAUGUGCCCGCCCCCUCGCCGCCACCCCGUUCCGCCCCCCCGACUCAGUGCCUGGCUUGUUCGGCAGUCUCGUCGACGUUCAACCUGAACGCAACACGGCAGCACGCAAGCAGCAGAAAGGCGCCCUCUCCUCGCGAAACCUCCGCAGCCAUGGCCAAAACAGCGAGCGCGUACAAGGAGAAGAUGAAGGAGCUCUCCGUCCUCUCGCUCAUCUGCUCCUGCUUCUACCCGGAGACCCGCAAGAAGGUCCUCAACGAGUUUGAAGCAGACAUCGAGGUGAAGCCCAUCAACAAGCGAGCCUCCGGCCAGGCCUUCGAGGUGAUUCUGAAGCCGCUGUCCCCGGUGUCGGACGUGGUCCACAACCUGGCGUCCCCCCCCAAGAGGGACAUCUCCCUGGACGACAUCGAGAAGAAACUGGAGGCGGCCGAAGAGCGGCGAAAGUACCAAGAAACUCAGGUGCUGCGGGCUUUGGCCGAAAAGCGGGAGCACGAGAGGGACGUGCUGUUCAAGGCCCUGGAGGAGAACAACAACUUCAGCAAGAUGGCCGAGGAGAAGCUCCAGAUGAAGAUGGAGCAGAUCAAGGAGAACCGAGACGCCCACCUGGCGGCCAUGCUGGAGCGCCUCCACGAGAAGGAGAGACACGCGGCGUUGGUGCGCAGAAACAAAGAGAUGAGGGAAGAGCUGACAGCAUGAACGCCACACAAAAGUCCCGACUUCCAUCAUCCGUCACGCCAUCCGUCCGUCUAUCCAUCCCUCCAUCCAUCCGUACUCCCCCCCAACCCCCCCCCUCCCCCUUCCUCACCCUGCUCCGACCGUCUCCGGAGCAACAGACAUGCAAAGAUGGAGUGCCUGACAGGUAGAGGAGGAGGAGGAGGAGGAGGAGUAAGAGGAAGAGGAGGAGGAGGAUGAGGAGGAUGAGGAAGAGGAGGACGACCCCACCACUACAUCACAACACUUCAAUAUUACCAAUGAUGACCAACAUCGAUGUCACUCAUCUUUGAGAGCUGCAAGGAUUUCUUGAUUUUAGAGAGGGAUCUGUCUUCUUUUGUAAAUAUUACUUUUGUCUAUCUAUCUAUCUAUCUAUCUAUCUAUCUAUCUAUCUAUCUAUCUAUCUAUCUAUCUAUCUAUCUAUCUAUCUAUCUAUCUAUCUAUCUAUCUAUCUAUCUAUUGAUUGAUUUCCAUGUACUGCACUGUACAAUUUGUUUUGGUUGUUUUUGUUUCGGUUGUUGUUAUUUUUGGAUGCCUCCACGCUUGUGAAUUGUGAGUUGGAUGUCGACUGACGUUUGCAUCGUAUCCCAGACGGCGACGGUGAUGAUGAUGAGGUGGAGGAUGAUGUUUUUUUUUUGUGUCUAUGUGGAGAAUGUGACGGCUGUGAGGUGUACCUGCGGUAAUAGAGUAGACAAAACAAAACGAAAACGAACACAAGCCAGCUUGUAUCUUCCUCACGCACGCUUCGAAUGUAUAACAGUACAAAAACGUCCCCUUUGCAAUGAGCCCGAUGGUUGAUUGGUGGUUUAUAAUGAUUAAGAAUGUUUUUCGCCCCCGAGCCCCCCCCCACACAAAAAAAAUGAUGGCAACUGUUUAUAUACACGCACAUUCCCAAAGCCAAAUCCCUUAAAAAAAAAAAAAAAAAAACCUCAUUCACUGCCAGUCGACACGGCGAUUUGACUUCAAUAGCCGUCAAUGGCAGCGAACGAGAUUUACGAGUCCUCCACCGGAAUGUUUCCGACGUUGCGGUACCAUGCAUCCAAACUCGGAGAAUGUCUUCUGACCUCGACGUCGCUGAUCACGUGAACGGGGGUAAAAAAAAAAAAAAAAAAAAAAAAAGAGAAAGCAAAGUGUGUGCUUGCUUGGCUGCAAGAGAAAAUAGGAACGCAAACACGAGAUUUAGGAUGCGGGAUGCUAUCUUAUACAUUCAGCACAGCCAAUGAUAGAGUCUCUUUUUAAUCUACAGCACCGCUGAUAUUUGCCUGCGUCCUCUGUUGCUUGUGUUCCCCCCCCCUUCCCGACCCCCCCACGCCUUCAUGAAUUUCUCUGUGAAAGCUUUGCUUAAUAAAGAUUUGGGGUUCCGUGAACAUGCCAUGAAGCAUCUCGUGAUUUUCUGAGCUGGGAGACGACGGAGAGUGCGUCGACUGCCGAAUAUAUCCAUCCAUCUAUUGUCUUUGCCGCUUAUACUCACGAGGGUCGCAGGGA